GGCCUGGCGGCGGCGCGGCAGUAAAACUGAGGAGGCGGAGCCAAGACGGUCGGGGCUGCUUGCUAACUCCAGGAACAGGUUUAAGUUUUUGAAACUGAAGUAGGUCUACACAGUAGGAACUCAUGUCGUUUCUUGUAAGUAAACCAGAGCGAAUUAGGGUGAGUGUUUUUCUAUUCUUCUGGCUUUACUAUUUUUGUUUUCUGAAAAGCAGUAUGUUUUGGCAGAUGUUGUAGGUGGUUUUCUAUGUGAGGGUCGGAUUGAUACGGAAGUGAGGGAUGUAGGAAGUAAGGCAGGUAGUGCAGCCUCCACUCCUGAGAAGAGUUUGCAGAGGCUGACCAGAGACACAAAAUUUACCACUAGCUUGUCUGAUAGAGAAUAAAUAAGAAGAAAGUGGCUUAUUUCAUGAAUAUCAGUCAUACAACAUUAAAUGAGUCGAUGAUACUUUUCAGUGUAGAUGUUUAACUGCUUAUGACCCCCCGUGAGUUUGUGAGUUUUCAAAAUCAAGUUGUAAUUACUAGGACACUUUUUUCUAAGUAAUAUCAUUAGUUUUAAUUGAAGACUUUUUGAACAUGAAAGAUUUUAUUAUACUUCAAAACUUCAUCAGAUAAAAUGACCUCAAAAACAAUACUAGAUUUAGCUUCUUUACAAAUUCCCAUUAUUUCAUGAGUUUCUUAUUUUCUUUAUUAUCAAGUACCUAAUUUCUAAAUGCAGUUGUAAUUAUUUUAGAAUUUUGUAACAGUGUAUAAGUGCUAUGAUAUAUUAUGAGUACACCACUUUCUUUACAUUAAAGCAUAAUUUAUGUUUUUUGAUGCGGUGCAUAUAAUUUAUAUGAAGUUUUAAAUUUAGGAUGUUACUUCUUUUUUGAUUUGGAAAAAAUGGUUAUAGGUAAGGACAGAGAAUGAUGCUAUAGUUCCAAUUCACAGUCUGUAUCAUGCAACUUAUUUCUGAAUGUUACUUAAUCUUUUUUCUAAUGUUUAUGCAUAUAAGAACAAUUUAUAUUAGAAAGAGUAAACUUCACUGUUAAUUAAGAGGAAAAAAGGAAUCUCUCCAUAGGCUGAACUCUGCCCAGUGGAAAGAAUGUCCCCAAGCCAAAGUGUAACACCAGUCCUUAAGGGAAAUACAAUCUUGAUUCCAUUGCUUUUAAAUAUGAGCUCCUUGUCUGUUUCAACAUAGCCUAAUUCAGGUGAAACGAAACCACUGAUCAGAAUGACAGAAAUCUAAUACUCGUUUGAAAUAGGCCAGUAAAGUGAGCCAUAAAUUGAUCCUGCUAGUUUGAUCUUACUAGUUUGGCCCUUGUGAACUUGGCAGAAAAUGUAAGCAGCCAUGUCUUUAGAACCCCUAGUGGAUAAAGAAUAUACAACUUGUUGUGUGUCGUUUUACAAACUAACAGGGUCUUGUGAGUAACUACUGUUUCAUCUCUGUUUUCUGUGUUAUGAAUUCCAGUAAUAGUUUUCAAAUUGACAUCAGUGAUCCAAGGCAUCUGUAAUGUAGAAUGAGUAAGAUGGAACCAAUCAAUAUAGGGAAGGCAAAAACAGUCUCCAUUAUUACAGCCAGUACUAUCUAUUUCUCAUCUGUCAAAUUUAAGAAUUAUUCAUCAAUUAGGCAAAGAGGAGUAGAGAAAGGAAUCUUGUUUUUAGUUCAUUUCAAGAUUCUGUUAAAAACUUUUCCAUAGAAAUGAUUCCUAACUGUACUGCAUGAUUCUGUUUUCAUAGUUGUGACUUUGUUUGUCUGUCUAAAGGUUGAUAGCUAAUUUGUUGUGGCUUGGAAGAAAUACUAAUUCUCUUUGGGGUUUUCCUCUUUAGCGGUGGGUCUCGGAAAAGUUCAUUGUUGAGGGCUUAAGAGAUUUGGAACUAUUUGGAGAGCAGCCUCCGGGUGACACUCGGAGAAAAGCAAAGGAUUUGAGGACCUGAUGACUGUGAAUCUAGCAAGGUACAAACCAACAGGAGAGUAUGUGACUGUACGGAGGAUUAACCUAGAAGCUUGCUCCAAUGAGAUGGUAACAUUCUUGCAGGGCGAGCUGCAUGUCUCCAAACUCUUCAACCAUCCCAAUAUCGUGCCAUAUCGAGCCACUUUUAUUGCAGACAAUGAGCUGUGGGUUGUCACAUCAUUCAUGGCAUAUGGUUCUGCAAAAGAUCUCAUCUGUACACACUUCAUGGAUGGCAUGAAUGAGCUGGCGAUCGCUUACAUCCUGCAGGGGGUGCUGAAGGCCCUCGACUACAUCCACCACAUGGGAUAUGUACACAGGAGUGUCAAAGCCAGCCACAUCCUGAUCUCUGUGGAUGGGAAGGUCUACCUGUCUGGUUUGCGCAGCAACCUCAGCAUGAUAAGCCACGGGCAGCGGCAGCGAGUGGUCCACGAUUUUCCCAAGUACAGCGUCAAGGUUCUGCCGUGGCUCAGCCCUGAGGUCCUCCAGCAGAAUCUCCAGGGUUAUGAUGCCAAGUCUGACAUCUACAGUGUGGGAAUCACAGCCUGUGAACUGGCCAACGGCCACGUCCCCUUUAAGGAUAUGCCUGCCACCCAGAUGCUGCUAGAGAAACUGAACGGCACAGUGCCUUGCCUGUUGGAUACCAGCACCAUCCCCGCCGAGGAGCUGACCAUGAGCCCUUCGCGCUCAGUGGUCAACUCUGGCCUGAGUGACAGCCUGACCACCAGCACCCCCCGGCCCUCCAACGGCGACUCGCCUUCCCACCCCUACCACCGAACCUUCUCCCCCCACUUCCACCACUUUGUGGAGCAGUGCCUUCAGCGCAACCCGGAUGCCAGGCCCAGUGCCAGCGCCCUCCUGAACCACUCUUUCUUCAAGCAGAUCAAGCGACGUGCCUCAGAGGCUUUGCCCGAAUUGCUUCGUCCUGUCACCCCCAUCACCAAUUUUGAGGGCAGCCAGUCUCAGGACCACAGUGGAAUCUUUGGCCUGGUAACAAACCUGGAAGAGCUGGAAGUGGACGACUGGGAGUUCUGAGCCUCUGCAAACUGUGCGCAUUCUCCAGCCAGGGACGCAGAGGCCACCCAGAGACCCUUCCUGAGGGCUGGCCACAUUCCCGCCCUCCUGGGCAGAUUGGGUAGAAAGGACAUUCUUCCAGGAAAGUUGACUGCUGACUGAUUGGGAAAGAAAAUCCUGGAGAGACACUUCACUGCUCCAAGGCUUUUGAGACACAAGGGAAUCUCAACAACCAGGGAUCAGGAGGGUUCAAAGCCGACAUUCCCAGUCCUGUGAGCUCAGGUGACCUCCACAGAAGGAAGAGAUGCUGCUCUGGCCCUGGGAGCUGAAUUCCAAGCCCAGGGUUUGACUCCUUAACCCCGAGGACCGCCACCUCUUCCCAGUGCUUGCGACCAGCCUCAUUCUAUUUAACUUUGCUCUCAGAUCCUAUAGGUCAGUGAAAGGGCAAGUAGUAAGCUGCCUGCCUCUCUUCCCUCAGACCUCUCCCUCACAAUUCCAGAGAAGGGCAUUUCUGUCUUUUUAAGCACAGACUAAGGCUGGGACAGUCCAUCCUUAUCCCUCUUCUGACACCUAAGUCUUUCCCACGGUUUAUGUGUGUGCCUCAUUCCUUUCCCACCAAGAAUCCAUCUUAGCGCCUCCUGCCAGCUGCCCUGGUGCUUUCUCCAAGGGCCAUCAGUGUCUUGCCUAGCUUGAGGGCUUAAGUCCUUAUGCUGUCUUAGUUUCAUUGUCAGAACAAAUUAAAAUUUCUAGAGACCCUGCUGG